UUUAGGCCCUUAGACAAAUCCGCAUGCACAAACAAGGACUGGAUCUCAACAGAAGUCAAACAGCUUAUGAUAAUAGAAUUCGAUUUGCAAAUAUUUUAUUAAACUGCGAUUCCUUUUUAGCUCAUUUGCACGGUAGGAUAUCAAGGAUAAUAGUGUGACACUGAAGAGUGACCACUGUGAAGGUUUUUCUUUGAAAUGUGGACGUGUCAAGUGCUGAAGAUGGGUCACGCCGCCGUAACGUUUCUGAUGCUGAUUUGGAUGCCGCUAUUUACCGUGUCGCAUCAAGCAGAACUGGAGCAGGCUACAAACUACCUAAAGCGAUAUGGCUAUCUGACUACAUCACUUCUUUAUUCUAAAGAGCAAGAACCACAGCUGGAGCAAAUAACUGAGGCACUGGGAAUAUUCCAGAAAGUGACAGGCCUACCAGUCACAGGCAAGUUGGACAAUGCCACGUUAGCCAUGAUGAAAAAGCCACGCUGUGGCCUUGAGGACCCCUUUAACAACAAAACUCUCAAAUUUCGUUUACUAGGUUCCUGGCGUAAGAAGAAGUUGACUUACCGUAUCUAUCACUAUGCACCUGGUCUGGGAAUGGCUCAAACAAGGACGGCCAUAAAGGCAGCGUUCAGAUACUGGAGUGACGUUACACCUCUCCAGUUCUACGAGGUCACUGAGGGAAACGCUGACAUCAAAAUGUCCUUCCACAAGAGGGACAACGUCUGCCCUGUGCCAUUUGAUGGACCAGGAGAUGUUCUGGCUCAUGCUGAAGGUCCAGAAUCUGGCAUAGUGCACUUUGAUGCAGAGGAGCUGUGGACUGAGGGGCAAAAGUAUGGAGCAAAUCUGAGAAUGGUAGCAGCCCAUGAGAUAGGCCACGCCCUGGGUUUAGACCACUCGCAGUAUUCCAGAGCUCUCAUGGGCCCUGUGUACACUGGUUACCAUGACAACUUCAAGCUCCAUCCAGAUGAUAUCCGUGGGAUCCAGGCACUGUAUGGUAAACCAGAGGAACAACCUCCAGUUACCACAGACUCAACUCCCCCUGAUCCCUGCACUGCCUCACUGGAUGCUAUAAUGCUGGGACCAUUCCACAAGACGUUCGCGUUCAGUGGAGAGUAUGUAUGGACGAUAUCGGAUGAUGGCUAUAACACACCAAUACGGAUUAACAUCCUGUGGAAGGGACUGCCUGGUUAUUUAAAUGCUGCCGUGCAUUCGCAAAGGACCAACAAAUCCUACUUCCUUAAAGGUGAUAAAGUUUGGAGGUAUUCCCGCUUUAAGUUGGACCAUGGUUAUCCCAAACUGCUUGCUAUCCCGCCGAAUAUUGAUGCUGCCUUUUACUCGCACAGCAAUAAAAAACUCAUUUUUAUCAAGGGUUUGGAGUACUGGCAGUGGGAUGAACUGGGUUUCCCUGAUGAACUGAAACGAUUUCCUAAACCCCUCUCCAAUCUCAUCCCUGGUUUACCGUCCAAUCCAGACGCAGCGUUCACCUGGACUAAUGGUCACAUUUACGUUUUUAAAGGAGACCAGUACUGGCGUGUGAACCCCAGACACUUCCUAGAGAAAGGUUACCCACUAAGCAUGAGAGAGCGCUGGAUGCGGUGCGGCCAUUAACCCACACACAGCAGUAACAAUUUAAACUUCACUAAGCAUUAAGCAUUAAGACAUCCGAGUCCGAACACUGAUUUAGAAAAAUGAAAUAUUUCAUAUUUUAGGAAUUAUACACUGUAUAACUGUUGUGACUGUUUUGCUGAAUUUACUAAAUAUGCCAUUAAUCUGGAGCCUUCCACUACUAACCCCUAGACAUAGGAUUUCUGUGUUGGAGCAUUAAGUGUAGGACUAGUUGCACAUCCUGUUUUGAAUUCCAUGUUUAUCGAUGUUUUCACUUCCAGCGCAAAUUGCUUGCCAUUGACAGACACAAUCAAGCUCAGUUGUUUUUUGUUGCACGCAAGGCCACUGGCGACUGCAAUCUCACAAGCAUUAUAAAGUUUUAGGUAAUAACGUACAGUAUGGUGUAUGUAUAAUAUAUCCAUGUGACUAUUCUAGAUAUUAGUAAUCUAUACUCUUGCACAAAACACAUUUGAGGAGCUUUUUUCUAAGAGGAAAUGCAUUACGACCUGAAAACAAUCAUCAAACUCAAGACAGCUGAUAUAUGAAUAACACUGUUUUAUUUGUGUGU